AGUUGCAAGGAUCCCGGCAAAGUGUAUCCAUGGGUUUGCAAAGGGCUUCGACUACAACCCUUUUGAGAACUUCCAUGAACUCGACUCCACUAAUCACUCGUGGAAUGCAGUGUACGUACAAGAUGACUGGCGUCUGGUCGAAUGUUCCUGGGGCGCGGGGCAUCUUGACUCAAACAAAAAGUUCAUGUACGCAUACAAAGAGUUUUAUUUUAUGCCGAGCCCAGAAGAUGUUAUAUUCGCGCACUUUCCAUGUGUAGGUACUGAUCUGGAGGAGAGCAAACCCUGGCAGCUUCUUGAGGAACCAGUGGACUUAGGAAAGUUCAACAAGGUUUUAAAACCUGUGUACAGAGCCAUUGAAUGGGGAGUGCAAUUCGUUUCCCAUAAAAUAUGUGUGUUGGACGUCUGGAAAAAGGUCAAUGUUACCAUUGAGAGUGGGGAUAGUGUCUCUUUAGGAGUUGUAAGUGCUCAGCUAAUUCAAAACGAAAAAGAGAUCCGACAUCAUGUCAUGGUUUUGAAAUUAUCUGAUGGCAAGUUUCAAGUGACGGUUCGUCCGCCUACAAAAGGUAAAUACAUUUUGAAAAUUCUUGGUAAUAUUGAUCCUGACGCUACGGAGACUUUGGGCCUUGUAGAAUACUACCUUCGGUGUCAUGAAGCUAUUCCAGACUGUCAACCAUAUCCAGACCAUUUUGGGCCUUGGGGUCCUGUGACAGCAGUGAAGUCAUUCGGAUUUGUCUCCCCUGAGUCUAUAAAUCCUUCUAUUGUAACAGACAAUGGUCGGGUGACGUUCAGCUUAGAAACAAACAAAUGUAUGGAAGCGGUCACUCGACUCAGCUACGGUUUGGGAAAUAUUGCAGAUAUUGACGACUACGCAAUGCUUGAGAGUACAGCUAAUGAAAUUCACAUAACGGCACAUUUUCCCCGAGAUGGUUUUUAUAAACUCAAGAUAAUGAGUAAGUCAGACAAGGACGAGUAUAAACAAGCCAUCAAUUACAUCAUCGAAUGUCGUAAAACUAUACAACAAUGCUCUCCUCUACCCAAGGUUUACAAGUUUGCGCGGGAAUAUCAAUGUCGUCUGCUCGAACCUUUGGAUCUUCAUGUAACAGGCAGAACUCAAAUUAAUGUGCGGUUCACAUCGGAUAAAAUAAAAGAUGCUUCGAUUCUCGGACGGAAGUUUGAAAAGGUUAAUAAUAAUGAAUGGGAAGCGAUAGUGACGACAUGUUUUCCCGGUGAGAAAUUCAUUAUUUAUGGAAGUAUAUCCGGUUCAGCUGGAUCGUUCAAGAGUUUAUAUGAAUUCAAGAUCGUCUGA